AUGGACCACAUGGAUUUAUUCCCUAACAACAACACCGCCCCUGAAGUUUAUAUUCCUCUUCGAGCGGCGAUCCUGGCAGGGAACAGCCUGGUGCUGGCCUGCACGUUUGCUGUCGGUGUCUUUGGCAACGCGGUGGUGGGUUGGGUGGUCUACAGCAACAGGCACCUGCAGACCCCGUACAACGCCCUGCUCCUCAACCUGGCCGCCAAUGACCUGCUCAAGUGCCUGCUGGACAUCCCCCUGUUCCUGGUGGCCAGCGUGUGGGGCAACAGCAGAGCUGACCUGGGGGAAGCCCUGUGUCUUGCACAGCCUUUCACUUACUCUCUCAGUAGCUGUGUCCAACUGCUUACCUUGGUGGUGAUCAGUGUUGAGCGCUACCAAGCCAUCGCCUUUCCUUUCCAAAUGGCCAAGAGGAGGCUGAGGGUCAAGGUGUGGAUCCCCAUUGUGUGGUCCCUGGGACUGGCCUUGUCCACCUUGUCCGUGACCUGCACCAAGAGGACUCCGGUGUACGUGAGGUGCAGGCAUCUCCCCAUCGACCCUCACAGCUACUUCGAUCCCUUCGGCUCCUAUAUCCUGAUGCCUGUUUGGGUGGCCAGCUUGAGUCUUAUCGUCGGCCAUUACCUGAGGAUCUAUGGGCUGGUGAGACAGCACAGGAAUAAGGUGUUUGACUGUGGCAUCAUGCCCUCUUUGCCAUCACCCAAGGAGCAAGAUGGGCCGGGGGCGGCCUGGCAAAUAGUGAGUGAUCGACACGUCAAGGCAGCCACUCGUGGGGUGAUGCAACUGCCAGCCAACCGCAGCCAACUGCUCCAGCUGGAGAGAGAGACCGUGUCGGGUCUGGAGAAGCCCCAGUCUCCCUCGCUGGAUGGCUGCCUGCCCUUGUCCCCCCAGGCUGGCCCAUCGGACCCUCCUGACAUAGUGGGCGCCGUGUGCCUCAUCACGGCCAGGUCUCGAGAGAACGCCAGGAAGAGGGUUGAAGGAAAACUAGGCAAACGGUUUGGCUACAUUAUCCUGACCUUUCUGAUCUUCUGGGUCCCCCUCAUCACCAUUUUACUCUUGAACGUGUUCCUGCAGAAUGACUUUUCUUUGGACCCGUUGCUCUUGGAGUUGGAGACUUUGGCCGUGGCCCUGACCUGUGUCCCUGCGGCUGUCAAUCCCUUCGUUUACACGGUGGUCAACCAGCAUUUUCACGCUGAGAUCCAGCAAAUUGUCACCAGGGUCAGACAGCACUGA